AUGCAUUUGCUUCAGUUAGCGAGCGAAGCGACGUCUCUGCCCCAUUCCUUCUGGGAGCCCUCACAACACUCGCCCGCGUUAGAGCUCCAGCGCGAGUUGGACACUCCGCGGAACACACGGCAGGCAGCCUUCACCCCGUCUUUAGUUGAGAGAGUGGAGCGUAUCGCCAGGGAGGCGGUCGCGACCGUCAAGUGCGUCGCGGGUUCUUCGCCCUUGAGUGCUCCCCAUGUCGAUGGACAGCCGCUUUGCACCGACACGGCUCAUACCGGCGCUUUGGAGACAGCAGCCUCCCAGCUGCUUCCCGAGAUCGUCGCGCUCGUUCCGCCCUUGGCUGCGUGCGGCGCGUACCUCGCUCUGCUUGGCGAAUCUUCGCGAGGGUGCUUCCAAAGCCUGCCGCAUUUGUCGUCGUUCCUAGACCUGACGGUCAGCCUGCUGCACAGGACGGAACACUGGGCCUCUUUGACCGACGACGAAUUUGCAGCGACUGCGCGUGCGCUGCAGGCGUUCGGAUCCAUCGACGCUGGGACCGCCGCUGCGGCGGCAAAUGCGUUGCUUCAGGACGGCCGAAUUCGCCAGAUAAGUCUCCGCCAUCUGGUGGAAAUCGCGUCAUCGACGCUGCAUGCGCAGCUGCUUCGAAAACGGCAGAUGCGCGAAGGCUCCCUGCCGGUCAGCCGUCGCCUCAGCUGCACGGCGGCCUCUCUCGCUGUCGUUCGGAAGGCUGCGAAGGCCGCACAGGACCGACUUCUGAGGGAGCGGCGUGCGCUGGUGGAGUCCGGGAUGAUGGUGCGUGCGUGGCAAACGAUGGCCUCGCUCUCUGUCUUAUCGCAUGCAGCCACUGUGCGAGCUCAGGCAGGGUUUUUCCUUUUGCUUGAGGGAAUGCGGAAGCAGCAAGGCGAACUCGAGCGGCACGCGCCUCUUCUCGCGCCGCUUCUGCCCGACGAGGAGCUGGCCGCGCUCCCCCCGGCUCUCUCUGCUGCCGGGAUACCUGACGAACGGCUCUUCGUUUGGGCGGCGGAGCAGAUCGUUGUGCGGCUUGGAGGCCCGAGUCUGCGGCAGCUGGUGAUGAGGCGGGACGCCGCGGGCGACCGCAGCGGCAACGUUUCGGGGGCCAAAAGAGCAGCGAUUCCGGCUGCCUCUGAAAGUCGCAGAACGACCGACUUGCCGCUUUGCACGAGCCACACUCGCUUGGAGUAUCCGCGCGACUCGAAGAACGCAUUGCGGAGGCAGGGCGGCCAGGCGACAAGCUGGCGAAGCCAGGAAAAAGAACGGCUCAUGGCGUCGCUGUUGCUGCAGGGGAUGGGGCUCUGGGAGCGCGUCGGACCCCCCGGGAUGCAGCAGCAGGCGCUCCCGAUUUUCUGUCAAGCGUUUCUCCUGCCGAACCUGCCGCACCUCCCUUCUCGAGUGCUCUUGCAUCUGGUGGAGGCUGCCACGGCGCCACGUGUCGCAGACAGUUUAUCCUUCUCGGCCACCUCGUUCGCGUUCUUCAUUCCGUCUUCGGGGGGACACGAGGCUUCGCGCGGCACCUGCGAGAGCCGCCGCGAGGCCAAGCAACGCCGCCGGCAACUUCUGCAAGAGCGACAAGACACUCUCGGGCGCCUGGCGGCAGGCGCGCUGGGCCUCCUUCUGGAGCCCGGCCGCCGGACGCGCUUUGAGUGUGGACAUCUCGUCACGCUCCUCCGAGCCGCACGGAGCGCCUACCAGGCGCAAAUGCUCCCGCGACGGCAGCACCUCAGCCAGCUUCUGACCGACAAGAGAGGCUGCCUCCUGGAGCUCGAGGCGGCAUUGAUCAAGGGUGUACCUCUCCUCUAUCGCGACAUCGCUCUCCAGCUGAGGCUCUUCUCGCGAAGUUGCCCCGCGCUUCCGCUUCGCGCUUCGCCUUUGCCCACGCCGGUCUCCGGAUUGACCACGUCCGAUUUAUUGCCGACCUGUGGAGCGGCCGCCGGACUCGCUUCACGGCCCGUUGAACCCCCUCUGAACCCGGACGCGGCAUCGUCGGCCGUGUCGUCCCCGGCUUGGUCCGGGUCCUCCUCGGGCCUUGUGGCGCCGACCAGACAUCUCCAGAGAGUCUCCGGAGAGGAAGGAAUCGACGGUGUAGCGCGUCGUUUGGUCGACGCCGUGGUGCGGCCGCAGGCGUACACUGCUUGGGGGCGACACGCAUCUCCUGUAGGCGUAUCGGAACUUGUUCAAGUUCUCCAAGAUGCAGCUGUCUUAACCGGGCUGCUUCCGGCUCCUCAGGCUCCCCCCAUGUCUGCGGUGGCGCCUCCCUCUGGCGCGCCCGGCCGAACGGAGGCUCCCUCUCCGCCUGACGGGUUCCUUCUUAGUCUGCUCUCAGAGCUUCUGCCGCUUCUGGGGUUGGCGUCGGCCGGCCAAGCGGGCGACAGGGUCGCCGCCAAUUUCGGUGCGAUGACUCAGUCUCAAGUAUCGGAUGUCAUGACCAGUUGCGCGGCGCUGCUGCUGCGGCUCGUCGGCUCGUUGGGCCAACAGGCCAAGCUGGACGAGUUGCUUGCUUCGCUCGGACUCUCAGGGACAGAGUCUGGCAUACAGCGAGAAAGACUCGAGUGCUGCCGUCUUCUUGUCCUACAAAUCUGCUUGCGCGCUUCAGACGCUCGCGUGGACGCCCAGGCCGCUGCUGUGGCGCUCCGAGCGCUCCUCGCAUGUCUACACCGGGUGCCGGCGCCGCUUCUCUCCGACUGGAUCGUCGUACACCCUCUGGGACCUCUGAGUGCCUGCGCGCGGUCCUCGUCAACUUCCGAACGUGCGCCGUCUAGAGACUCCGUUCCCUGUGGCGCGCAGGCCACGGCGUCUGCUCCAGAGAGCCAUGCCCGUUCGUGUUCAGCCUCGGCAGUCCUCGUUCCCGCCAUCGCCGCCUUGCUCUGCCGCCUGACGGAUGCCCGAGCUAGCCAGUCGCGAGGCGGGGACAACCGGGUAGACGACGGCCGAGGUGGACUUCCACCGGACCCUCCUACGCGGUUCGUAUCUCCCAGUGGGAGCAGGGAUGUGGAUGCCUGUAGGUUGGCAAGAACCCCCCGCAGCGCAGAAUCCGAGUCCGGGCACGUUGCGGCGCGUAGGGAAAGCAACGAGGGACAACCCGACGAUGACGGGCUGCUGUCGCAUGAAGCUGCAGGGCUCCGCCUCAACGCUGUCGUUCCCGCUCUCGCGGCAGCUGCCUGGCUCGAACACCAGCGAGGCGUCCUUUGCCGCGCCCUCGCCGCGUCCCUGCAGGCUGAGGAAGCGUUUGGGGAGAGCGCGAGCUCAGCCCCGAACCCGGAGGGUGCGCCGACGCAAACCUGUGGAAGAAUAACGCUAACGGAAGUGAACAGGAUAGCUCGCUAUUCGCUUGAGAACGUACCGUUCGUCGCGGCCUUGCCCGAGUGUAUAGACACGAUCUUGGAAGCAGCAAAGACCCAGUUUUCACUCCUUCCGGACCGCGAAGUCCGCCUACUUGAGCUCCAUCUCAGAGCCAUUCACCGUGAGAAAGGCGAAGAAAAGACAGCAGAUGCAUCAGGUGUUUUUAAGGCGAUCGAAUGCCUACUGGAGGCCCGUUGGGCCGCGCUGGGCAAUGAGGUAAUUUUCUGA